UCCCUUCCUAUUCUUCAAGAGCUUCUCCGAGUCUUUUAUUUGCAGAACCUCUUGUCAACAUUUGCACAUUUUUGGGUUUGCCCCCUCAUUUUGAACCAUUUGCCCAUUAGCGCACUAAGCUCUUGGAAGCUCUGCUAAAAUUGCGGGAAGCUCUUUUCAGCUUUUUAAUACUUGUCCACUGGGGAAAAGGGGAGAAGCUCUGGAAGCUCUGUGAACCUCUACGAACCUCUGCAACUUGUUGUUCUUUUGAAGUUGUCACCAUGACGUCUCGACCUAUCUUUGUGGCCACGCAUCCUCGGGCUUGCUCGACGGCGUUCGAAAGAGUCUUCAUGACCAGGCGUGACAUUCUCGAAUGUGCACAUGAACCUUUCGGGGACGCAUUCUACUACGGCCCAGAGAGGCUGUCAGAGAGAUAUGAGAAGGAUGAGGCUAGCAGGUUGAAGAGCGGAUUCGCCGACGUCACAUACAGAGACGUGCUUCAUGGCAUGAAGGCGUCGGUCCCGGAGGGCAAAAGACUGUUCAUCAAGGACAUCACUCACUACCUCUGCCCCCCUGACGGCAAACCAGCAAAGAUUGCCCCUUCGCUGGCUGCCGCUGCCAAGCCUAUGCAGAAUGGCAAGACCACCAACGGCGUCAAUGGCGCGGCCACGAAUGGCAACCAAGUGAACGGAGCAGCCACUAACGGUAACCAUGAGAAUGGAACGACCACCAAUGGCAACCCUGUUAAUGGCACUGCUACCAAUGGCAACCACGUCAACGGAGCAGCAGCCAAUGGCAACCAUGUGAACGGCGCGGCCCCCAACGGCUAUGCCAAUGCCACCAGCGAACCCGGAAACCCCAGCGUGAUGCCCCUGGACAUGCUGCGCGAAUUCCACUUCACCUUCCUGAUAAGGCACCCGCGUAGGUCUAUCCCAUCCUACUACCGCUGCACCAUCCCGCCGCUGGAUGAGAAGACGGGCUUCAAGAACUUCAUGCCCAGCGAGGCCGGCUACAUUGAGGUCCGCAAUAUGUUUGAUUAUCUGCUUAGCCAGGGCAUCAUCGGCCCGCACAAGGCCGGCGAGGAGGCCCCGGCCAACAGCAGUGGCGUCAGCAUAACCGUCAUAGACGCCGACGACCUGCUUGACAAGCCGGCAGCGGUAAUUGAAGCUUUCUGCAAGGAGGUCGGUAUCGAUUAUAGCCCGGAUAUGCUGAAGUGGGAGGAUGAGGAGAAUCAGCAGUAUGCUCUUGAUGCAUUUGCAAAGUGGAAUGGCUUCCAUGACGAUGUUAUUGGAAGCACGUACCUUAAACCUCGUACACAUGGCUGUAAGACGGUGACCAGGGAAUCCGAAGACGAAGAGUGGCGUCAGAAGUAUGGAGAAGAAGGCCGAAGGAUCAUCAGGGACUGUGUUGACACAAAUAUCCCACACUAUGAGUACUUGAAAUCCUUUGCUAUCAAGUUUUGAAGAGUGCUGCCCCAUAGAAUAUAGUUAGAUGGCUUUAAUCAGUAUAUGAAGAUGACCGUAACGUUUUGGUUAUCUAGAAUGGCUGAUUUUCGUGAAAUGAAUAAAAAUAAUCCCUGUUGUACACGCUGAUAUGUACAAUAGUAUACACGUAGUUUUUGAGACUUGGCCUGUGUGGUUCCUCGUAGGGUCGCGACUUUUGCUAAUGCUGCAUUCAACGUCCGUUGAU